CUGCAAUUACAUGUGUUUUGUUUUAUUUGCAGUCGUUUUUUUGGGGGGCUUUUUUGGAAUUGUUUCGUGUUUCAGGUUGCUGCUCGUGGGCUUGACAUACCGAACGUGAAACAUGUUAUUAAUUAUGAUUUACCGACAGACAUCGAUGAAUAUGUGCAUCGUAUUGGCCGCACAGGACGUGUCGGAAAUGUUGGACUAGCAACUUCUUUCUUUAACGACAAGAAUCGAAAUAUAGCGCGCGAUUUGGCAGAAUUGGUUGUUGAGGCAAACCAGGAGCUUCCAGAGUGGCUAGAAAAAAUGGCGACUGAUGCGCAGCGAUGUGGAACACGACCAAAUCGUGCGAAGGGAGGCAGGUUCGUAGUUUUGAAAUCUUAUGGAACGAUUAAGUUCUUUCGGAUGUUUCGAAGUUCAUUGUUUUCUGCCUUCACGCUACCUCCAUUAUUAGCAGCAUCUCCGCUGAAAUUUCUGACUUUUUGA